AUGGCUCAACUCUCCGACUUCCCCGAUGAGAUCAUCCGUCACGUCCUUCACUUUGUGUCUGCUGAAGACAACCUCCGCAACUUCCAGCUAGCAUCACGACGCCUACAUAAUAUCGCGAACGAGCCCCUGCUGUGGCGAACUUAUUGUCUGCGUUGUUUCCACUUUUGGGAUGCGAGACACAACCUCGAGAAGAAGCUCAAAGCCAGAGCCUCUUCGGUUGGCUGGAAGGACUUGUGGCUGAAGAGGCGGAGAACAAACUUUCGGGUGGAACGAUGGCUGGAUGGUAUCGUGAGGACCACCAGAGGUCAGGCCAGGAGGGUAGCAGCCAUCUGUGAGCUUGGGCUAGAUGUCAAGGACUACUUGCUGGAUCAGCGCUACAUUGACGACUCGGACGAGUAUGUGUUGGCGAAGAAGUACUGGGCGCAAGCCACCUUGGACAGUCUUCAUAGGGGACUAGCAGUGGAGGUAUGGUUCAGUUACCAAGGGCGUCUCAACAGCAGGGAACAUCUCGAUGCUGCGCUGGGGGCUUUUGACAUGUUUGUCUUGCACGGCCAGGAUCAUGAUCUUAACUACAUCGCCCGGACGCUUGAUCAGUACGCCAUCCAAUACAUCACGGAGCAUCCACAUUCCAAAAGGUUCAACACGAGAGACAAAGCCAUUAACCUGAUGCGCUGGCUUCGACUCAAGAAUUACAUUGGCGCCGAGUUCCCCAUCAGCGAGUAUCGCAAUCUGCAGUACUGCCUUAUUGGACACGUCCUAUCCGAAAGGGAGCACGCGUCGCUCCCCCUGGUUGCGGCUGCCAUCUUCGUUUGCGUGGCCCAACGGUUGGGGAUAAAUGCCGCCUGUCUCAACUUCCCAGGUCAUGCCUAUGUCAGCGUCGAGCCGCCCGCCGGCGAAGACCUGGACGGCGAGCUUGUGUGGAGCAACAAGCGACCGACAGCUUUGCACCGCAUGUACAUCGAUCCCUUCACCUCAGAUCACGAGGUGCCCAUCGAAUACCUUCGCGCCAAGUUAGUCGAACAUGGCUGGGAAAGCGACGACGACUCUGCCAGUUUCCAGCCGUCGCCCGUGCCCAUCAUCGUCCAGCGAAUGGCAAAAAACCUCAAGGCCUCAUGGGCUGAGGUGUACACGCUUCCCGAAAACGACCCCAAGAUCAUCUCUACCGGCCGCCUCCGUACCGGUAUUCCUCUUCGCAACCUCAACACAGCCAAAUACGCCGCCAUGUGGGCUGACCUCAUGACCAAGGAUCCAGCCACCUUUCGGUGGAGCGACUCCCUGUCCAGGCUCCUGGCAGAAUGUUCACAACACUGGUCAGAAGAUUUAUGGAUCCUCGAGAAGUAUCUCUCGCCCGUGUACGAAGCGUACGACUCGUUCCUCAAACGCCAGCCUAUGGCCAUGGAUGACCGCGUUGGGUGGCAGCACGUUCCGGAUAUCAUCCGAAUGAUGAACAAUCUCGACAACCGGGGGUCAACAGCGUGUCAUAGAAGGUACACAGAGGACAUUCAGCGGUCGGUGCACUACAAGAUUGGACAGGUUUUUAGGCACAAGAGGUACGGGUAUGUGGGCGUUAUCAACGGGUGGAGAAGCAAGAAUAUGAUGCUGCCGGAUCCGCAUACGGUCUCGCAUGAGGAUGCAAGGGUGGAAGGUGGAAGAUUUGAUAUGUAUUCCGAGAUGGGGUAUGGCCGGCGGCCGACUGACAAGAUUUUUUAUACUUGCGUGAGACCGGCGUAUUGUCGCCUCAGAAUUGCGCAGGAGAAUGUGGAGAUUAUCACGGAUCCGGCUGAAAUUCCAGAGGAGCUUUUUAUCGCGGCGGGUAGGUUCUUUAAAAGGUUUGAUCGGGAGAGUUGUCGGUUUGUUUCCAACAUUAAGGAGUACUACCCUGAUGAUUGA